CUCGCUCUGAAAGAAAGAAAAAUAUUUUUGAAAGAAAACUAUAGAAGAUGAGAUUAAUGAAGAUCUCAACUAUUGAAUCAAUGAAGAUUCUUCUCAAGGUUUUCGCACGCGCUACUAGAAAGUGACAAAGAAUAUGAUCACCUCCAAAUACUGAAAUGAUUCUUCAACAAAGAAAUUCAAGUUAGCAAGUUUUGAAGACCCAGAAACUUCAAAGUGAAGUGAAGAAUUAGAAUGAAACAUGUUUGAUAAAUGAACUUAAAUAGUUGAUUGUUUAAAGUUUUUGAAGUAAUUGGAUGGUUGAUCAUUGAGAGUCAAUAUCAGGUUUCAUUCAUUUCUUUGUCAUAAAUAGGGAAUGAGAAUUUAAAAACCUCUUUUGAACUUUUCAUGAUCAUAUUCUUUAUCAAUUUUUUUAUUUUUAUUAUAAAGAAAGUUACAGUGAUUAACUUUAAUAUUACAAACAUAUUUUAUUGAUUAACUUACUUGAUAUUAUUUUUGGUCAUCCUUUGGUCUCAUCUUUAUAUCCAAUACCUUAUCAAUUCCUUAAAAAUCCUUUUAUUAUUCGAUAAUCCACCAAUAUCAAUCAACCAAGUAAUUACAUCAUUCAUACAUAUUAAAAGUUUUGAAAAUUAUAAAUUGAUGGAAGCUACCUAAAUGAUUAAAUUAAAUAGAAUUUUAUUUAUUUAACAACUAAUAGCUCGAUUGUAUUCAUAAACAUUAAUAAUUUAAUGGUAAAUCGGGAAAACAGGUUUUUAGUAUAAUAUUUUUUUAUAUAUUAACUUUUUCAAUAACAAUUUAUAUUAUAAUUCGCGUUAAUUUAUAUGUAAUUUUCUUUUUUUGAGGAUAUGUUCAUCUUGUUCUUUUAAUUUCACAAUGUGUGACUGUGGGUUAAUUGUGAAGUACUUGCAAUUUUAAAUGUAACGUUUUUUUUUUAUUAUUAUUAAAACUUGUUAACCUUGCUAAAUUUAAAACACGUAUAUACUAUAGAUUAUAAAUUAUACGUAAUAAUUUAUAAAUAACCAUAGAUCAAGCCUUCCUUUCGGUCUCCACCAGUUAGCGCGCGCCCUCUGGUAACAUUUUAGUCUACUAAAAAGUGUCAACAGAUAUGUUCGCGAAGAUUGUAUUCAUUGCAAAGGCUCCACAAUAAGCAGCCGAUGUAAUUUAUAUUAGAGAACUGAUACUUUGAUGGAAUAAAUCAAUAAAAAAUUGAACAAAUUAUAAGUUUUCAUCAUUUGAAAUAUCCAAAACCAUCCUUAAUAAUGUUGUCAACUAUAGUAAAAGAGCAUCAAAAUAAGCAAUCAUCCAGGAAGGAAAAACAAGAACAAAAGCGUAAGGAAGCUGUACAAGCUGCCAAUAACUUAACACAAGCCUUAGUAGAUCACUUGAAUGUUGGAGUUGCACAAGCGUACCUGAAUCAGAAAAAACUUGAUGCAGAGGCUAAGCAGUUACAAGUGAGCGCUACAAACUUUGCCAAGCAAACUCAAUCUUGGCUUCUUUUAGUAGAAUCAAUUUCAAGUGCGUUGAAAGAAAUUGGUGAUGUGGAGAAUUGGGCUAGAAGUAUUGAAGGAGAUAUGAGAACAGUAGCAACAGCUUUAGAAUACUCAUACAAAGCAACACAAGAUGUACGACCAAAUACAAGUUAAAAAUUUUAUAUUUAUUAUCAGUUGUAAUUUACAAAUCAUUUUUAAUUUAAUUUUAAAAAU